AUGACUACAGCACUCCCACCCACACCACCAGUUAGUAGUUCACCAUUGAUGUUUAACGUCUCGACUUUAGCAACGACAACAACUGUUGCAGCUAAUGCAUAUAAUACAACAACAACAACAACGACAACUACUUUGACAACAACAACCACAACAUCAACGACAACGACAACAACAGAAAUAGCAGCAACAACAACGAAGUCAAGUGCUGUAACAACAUGGUUCUCAUCUAAAUUUGGGCAAUUUAUAUUAUUCGUACCGACUGCUCUUAUCUAUUCAAUCUAUAUUCACAAUUAA